GAACCUGGAUGCUGACGAAGGCUUGUGAGGCUUAGAGGAGACAAAUCGCCCUCAUCAUUAUCUCCAAGCUUGCCAAUCAAACCCAUUCCCUCAUUUCCCUCUGCUUGGGGAAGUGAGCAGCUGGGAGCCCCCAGAGGAGCCCGGGAGAGGAGUGGCAUCAGUGAGCUGUGAGCUGUCGUUUGCCUUCCAGCUCAGCUCCUCUCUCCAGCUCCACAGCUCUUGUCACCUGGCUUUGCCUCCUUGCCUUGCUGGGCAGCAUGGCCACAAUUACCUGCACCCGAUUCACCGAAGAAUAUCAGCUCUUUGAGGAACUGGGCAAGGGUGCCUUUUCCAUCGUUAGAAGGUGUGUGAAAGUGUUAGCUGGUCAAGAGUAUGCAGCCAAGAUUAUCAACACGAAGAAGCUCUCAGCCCGAGAUCAUCAGAAGCUGGAGCGAGAGGCCCGCAUAUGCCGCCUACUGAAGCAUCCAAACAUUGUCCGACUCCAUGACAGCAUAUCAGAGGAGGGGCAUCACUACCUGAUAUUUGACCUGGUCACGGGUGGGGAGCUGUUUGAGGACAUUGUGGCCCGAGAAUACUACAGUGAGGCUGAUGCCAGUCACUGCAUCCAGCAAAUCCUAGAGGCUGUGCUUCACUGUCACCAGAUGGGCGUGGUGCAUCGAGACCUGAAGCCGGAGAACCUGCUCCUGGCGUCAAAGCUGAAGGGGGCCGCAGUGAAGUUGGCUGACUUUGGCCUGGCCAUCGAGGUGGAAGGGGAGCAGCAGGCGUGGUUUGGAUUUGCAGGGACGCCGGGGUACCUCUCCCCAGAAGUUCUCCGAAAGGACCCAUAUGGGAAGCCUGUGGAUCUUUGGGCAUGUGGUGUCAUCCUGUACAUCUUGUUGGUGGGAUAUCCUCCUUUCUGGGAUGAGGACCAGCACCGACUAUACCAGCAGAUCAAAGCUGGAGCCUAUGAUUUUCCAUCCCCGGAAUGGGACACGGUUACCCCAGAAGCAAAGGACCUGAUUAAUAAGAUGCUCACCAUCAACCCCUCCAAGCGCAUCACAGCUGCUGAAGCCCUCAAGCACCCCUGGAUCUCUCACCGAUCUACAGUGGCCUCCUGCAUGCACAGACAGGAGACCGUGGACUGCUUGAAGAAAUUCAAUGCAAGGAGGAAACUGAAGGGAGCUAUCCUUACCACCAUGCUGGCCACCAGGAACUUCUCUGGAGGGAAGAGUGGGGGCAACAAGAAGAAUGACGGUGUGAAGAAAAGAAAGUCCAGUUCCAGUGUUCAGUUAAUGGAAUCUUCUGAGAGUACCAAUACCACCAUUGAAGAUGAAGACACCAAAGUGAGAAAGCAAGAAAUCAUUAAGGUCACAGAGCAACUGAUCGAAGCAAUAAGCAAUGGGGAUUUUGAGUCCUACACGAAGAUGUGUGACCCUGGGAUGACAGCCUUUGAACCUGAGGCUCUGGGAAACCUGGUCGAAGGCCUGGACUUCCAUCGAUUCUACUUUGAAAACCUGUGGUCCAGGAACAGCAAGCCUGUCCAUACCACCAUCCUGAACCCCCACAUCCACCUGAUGGGUGAUGAGUCAGCCUGCAUUGCCUAUAUCCGCAUCACACAGUAUGUGGACGCCAGUGGUAUCCCUCGCACUGCCCAGUCUGAGGAGACCCGCAUCUGGCACCGCCGGGAUGGCAAAUGGCAGAUCGUCCACUUCCACAGAUCUGGAGCACCUUCAGUCCUACCACAUUGAAGCUCUGAUCGGGUUGUGCACUCCCUGGCUGUACCACGGAGAUCCACCCUUCUUCAUCUGUGGCAUGUGGCUGCUGGUUCUACCAUGUGCUGGAAUUCCCACCAUCAUCAUCAUCCCCACCACCAAGCUCCCCACAGAAGCCAAGAAAACCUGCCAACCAACUCAAGCCAUCAUGCACCAGAGAGCAAACGGCCACAGUUAUUUAUUUACUUGCAUUUUUCCCUGUUUUUCUCUCCCUGUUUUGCUUUUCAGUUUUGGAUUGUGUGCAUGAGCCAGGCCCAGGGGCCCAGAUUACCAUUCCUCUGCCUGGGUCAGCUGCUCCCAACUCUUGGGACAGAGAACAAUGUGGAAGGAAGGGACCCCUCUCCCCAUCCUCCCUCCCCCUGCCCCAGGCCUAGGAGCUGACAAUUUCCCAAGUCCAUAGCUCUGUUAGCUAUGCUGCUGAUUGCACCCAACCCUUAAUUCCCACAGUCUAGCACUCCUUGCAGAAGCAGGUAGAUGGGGAAAUCAAGCCUAGCUAGCAUAGUGAGCAGGUCCCUGUUUGCCAGCCUUCCUGAGGUCUCAGGCCUGCCUUCUGUGUUUCUGCCUCUCUUUUGAGGCACUUUUGGGAGAAGGGCAGCUGACCCAAUAGAGAAGGUCAUUUAUGGCAAAGCAGGGAAACUGGGGAAUCUGGCUGCAAGCAUGAACUAGCCAGAUUCUUUACCUUGGGCUUUCGUAUACAGCUACCGCCUUUAUCCCUCCCUUCUAUGUUCUUUCCUUUCCCUUGGUGAAUUGCUUUUCUCCUCCUACUGUUCUCUCUCUCCCUUUUUUUUCCUUCUGUGAAAAUUGAAACCGAUUUUAUUUAUUCAUUCAUUUUUUUUAUUUUGGGGAAAACAAUCAGUGUUAAGAACACUGGUGCUAGACCAGGGAACUUGUCCUUUCUUGUUGAUUUGGUGGGGCCGUUUGCUUCAAAUAGGGAUUUCAUCGAACCCAUUCUUCCAGCAUAGAUUGAGAGUUUCUGCUUUAGUAACACUUGAGAGAGGAAAGCUGAUCAUCUUUUUGGGGGAAAAAAGAAAAACUAAAAGCAACCUUUAGGAAUCUCUUCUACUUUGCCCGCAUGCCUUUUGAUAUCCAAACUUCUGUGUAUUUGGUAAAUUGAUUUCAUGUACUUGCUGAAAUGGAUCUUUAUGUAAUAGCUAAACAUCUCAGAUUACUUUGGGGAAGGGUGGUUUAGGGUAGGGUAGUUGUUUCUUUCACUUCUGUCUCUUUCUCUCUUUUCCCCUUAACUUCUGAAGCUAUAGAUGUGUAACAAUUGGGUGUCUGUGGUAUAGGUGAGCACUACCUCUCAUCCUUGGGGGAGUCUCUCCUUUCUAUCCUCUCCUGUGCAUCAGCCCCGCUGGGUUCCCUCCUGUUCUGCUGACAGAGUUGGAGUUGGGAGAAGCAUUGCAUGCUGACGUGAAUAGUGAAACAGCUGGCCACAUCUGACCACAGCUGGCCAUGGAGGAUGUCAGAAAUGACAAGAGAGAACUUGGCCCAUUGGAGGAAUGUCUUGGCCUCCUGGCUCCCCACCAGAAGCUUCCCCUGGACCUUUAUGAAGAGCCAAGCCAUCUGUGUGGCUCAGUGGACCUUACCUUUAACAGGGCAUUCCAGCAGUGGAUGGGAGAGGUCAGGGAGACCCUAUGUGGCCUGAUGCUGUGUGGCCUUUUCCCUGUGGGGUCUGAUGGUAUUUCUAGUGUUUAUUUCACCCUUCAGUUUCCUGCUUUCUUGCUCUUACACUCCCUUGGUUUUUCUCCCUUUCCCCCGGAUUGACUCUGACGUAAGAUACCCUGGCCCUUCCAGCAGGGCUGUGUCUGCACUGUGUUCCUUGCAUGACCUUACACUGUAUAUGCAGUAAGUUUAUUGACAAAAUGAACAAAACCAAUCAUGUGUUUUGGACGAAAAAAAAGAAAAGAAAAAAAGAAAAAAAAAGA